UAGUAUAGCCUCUACACACACAAUCACAUGCAUAGUGAUGCAUGCAUGUUGGUAUUUAGAAACAUAGUUAGGUACGUAAAAAAGUGGCAUUAAUUACAAUUAAAAAACCAUAUUAGUGUUCCCUCUAUUUAAACGCUCCAACCCCCAUUAUUAAGAUGUGCAUUCAUGAGCAUAUGUCUUCCUUCAUGUACUUCUCUCACUCUCUUUCUCUCUCAUACAAAAUAAUGGACAAGAAUAAAGAGUGCAAUUCUUCUCAAGAUCCUGAUGUGCGAAAAGGACCAUGGACUAUGGAAGAAGAUUUGAUCUUGAUCAACUAUAUUGCCAAUCAUGGUGAAGGUGUUUGGAACUCCUUAGCUAAAUCAGCUGGUCUUAAACGUACUGGAAAGAGUUGUAGGUUCAGGUGGCUAAAUUAUCUCCGACCAGAUAUUAGAAGAGGAAAUAUUACACCCGAGGAACAGCUCUUGAUCAUGAAACUUCAUGCAAAGUGGGGAAACAGAGGUUUCAAAAUCAUUGUUUUUCAUUCCCUUGAUACUAGAACUGGAGUACUUUUCUCCUUUAAAGGAUACAGGUGGUCGAAAAUUGCGAAACAUCUACCGGGAAGAACUGACAAUGAGAUAAAGAAUUAUUGGAGGACUAGGAUUCAGAAGCAUAUCAAACAAGCUGAGAAUUCACAGCAACAGAAUUGUGAUCAAAUAAAUGAUAAUAAUAAUCAAAUAGCUAGCAGUAGCCAAGUUUCCAACAUGGCUCCUGAGCCAAUGGACAUCUCUCCACCCUGUUACCAAGGAGGAAUUUUGGAACCAUUUUCAAGUCAUGAUCAUCAUCAUCACUUCCCCACAAUCUCUGAUCAGUCAAGUUGUUGUACCAAUGACAACAACAACUACUGGAGCAUGGAGGAUUUCUUGUCCAUGCAAUUACUAAAUGGAGAUUAAACCUUUAAACAUAUUAUAAAUUAUAAUACAUAAACCUAAGUGUCUAAUUUCCAUGAAGCAGAGGUAUAUUUAUAUAUAUAUAUAUAUAUAAAUCUGCCUUAAUUUGAAACAUAUAUAUUAUUAGGCUUGUUUAUAUAAUUAGUAGUUGGAUGUUGAUGAAAGGUGACGCCUACUAUGAAUAUUUUAAUGGUUAUGUUCUGUAAAAUAAGUGCUUAAUUAAACUAUAUAUAUAUAAAUCCAAUAUUAUGGAUUAUGUAAGAUAUGAUUGAGAACCACAAGCCUUGUGACUUGAUAUGUU